GCGGGGCCGGCGGGGCGGCCGUGCCCGGCGGGGCGAUGGUGCCCGGGCGGCGGCGGCUGCUGUGAGCGGGGCGUCGCCAUGGGCUGCGGGGGCAGCCGGGCCGACGCGAUCGAGCCCCGCUACUACGAGAGCUGGACGCGGGAGACCGAGUCCACCUGGCUGACCAACACGGACUCCGAGAGCCCGCCGCAGGAGGGCGGCAGCGCCGAGGGCCCCGGCCGGGAGCAGGGCGGCCAGCGCCCCGGCCUUCUGGAGGAUGGGAAAUUGGCUCACACAGCAGUACCUGCAGCAUCAGCCACAGCUGGAAUGCUGAACACUGAGAAGAGGAGCAACAGUGGCUCUCAGUGUGCAAACCCCAUGGUCCACAGCAUGGGAACUACAACACAGAGACACAACGGCUUCAGGACCACAGAGAAUAAAUGGGACACGCAGAAAACGUCCACACAAGAAGUCGCCAUUAAUGUCACAAAAGGCAUCAGACAAAGUGACAGAAGAAAAACGAAGAAUUGUGCCAAUUAAUGAAGAAAAUUGCAGCACAAAAUUGCUGUCAUCAUUACUGCAUCAUCUGCCUGCAUGCUGCCUUUUCUUACAAUGUAUUAAUUACUUGCAUCCAUGGUGAGAAACAAUUUCUUAUGCCUUCUUAAUUUCUGUCUAAUAAGCUCUUGCUGGUAUUUCAUGUUACAGAUGCAUUUUUAUCACAGGGUGAAUUUAUGCUGCCAAACCUCUUAGCUCCAACACCUGCUCCUGGAUCCUAGUCCCAGACCAUCUUCACUGCACAUGUGGCACAUGUGCAAGUCCACCUCUGGUGAACACGCAGGAACAGAGCAGCCAGUUCCCUCUGCCAUAAAACUGUGCUGGUCCAGGACAUCUUCAGUUGCAAAUUUAUGAUCUUAUUAGCUCAGGAUAUCCUCACUUAUGUCUGCUCAGUUCUUUGGACUGUUUCUCUUCAAAUUCAUGUGAGGUUUAUCCCACAUACUUGAAGAGUCAGUGCCACUCAUAUAUUUCUAUGCUCUCAAGAACCUGUUGGAGAUUUGCUUGAGCAAGUCCACAUUCUUGACAUGUGUAUUAUAAUAAAAUAUAAAAUAAAUAUAAAAUAAAAAAUAAAAAUAUAAAAUAAAAUAAAAUUAUAAUAAAAUAUAUCUUGACAAUGCUCUCACACUGCAUGCUGUACUCUUAGAAAAGUAAUAGCACCUUCCACCUCUGCUGGGUAUUUGUGAUGUCUUUGAGAUCAAAAUAAAUAAUGAUUUCUGUCUUCACAUGACAGACAAGUUUAAGACUUGUGUACACCAGAGCAAUUCAGUAUAAAUUUUUCUACUCUAUGGUUUUCUUCCAUAUACGUAAACCUCUGUGGCAAUAGGUCUGUGUGAUAUCUUUCUCCUUCCAUUAACUGACCAUUUUGGUUGCAUUUAGCAAAGGUAAGUUCUGAUUCAAGAGACACUGAUUUUCACUACUACUAAGGCCAUUGCAUACCCCAUUGUCUACUUUGUUAGUAUAAAAACUUCAAAGUGAGUAUGGCUUGCACACUCUAUAAUUUUGUAUUGGCAUUGUGAUAUAAAGUGACUUACCUGUGGGCUCAAAUCAGUGCAUUUGGAGUUUUUCCUAUGUAAUUUUGCUUAUAUAAUUUUAUACAACAUAAAAAUAACUUCUCUAUAAUUUUAGACAAUAUUUUAUAAGCAUUUUUUAAUAUCAAAAAAUUACUUUGCUGUGUUCAUUAGUGAGCCUCUGGCUUCAUUCAUUCAACCUGGAUUAUGCUGCUGCUGUUCUCCUACAAUAGUCCACAAUCUAGAAGAAAGCCUGUUACUUUACUGCAAAUUAGUAUGAAAGCAGAAAGCUCUAGUAAUGCAGGUUUGAUUUUCUUCCCUUUUUAUUGCUUUCAAAUUCAGAUACAGGUUAAAACCAGCACUUCAACUGACACAGCUAGAGCUCCUGAAUAUAAAGCAACUUUAGAGUCUUCUGAAUUGGUAGAGAUUAGAGAACUUGUUCCUGUCAUUCAACAGCUUCACUCACACAGUUCUUGUAGAGCUAAAACAAAAGCUUAGCUAAAUUAUUCACUUUACUCACAGGAGUGUAGAAACCUUGUAUUUGCCAGUGGCUGAGGAAAAGACUCAAUGCAAUUGGCAGAGAUGCAGAAACAUGUAUAUCUUGCCAGAAAAGGCCCAGAGAGGAGAAUGGAACAAGAGAACCAUACAAAUUGUGAAAUUAUGGGAAUGUCAGUCCAUUGGAUAAAAUCGUUGUUCUAGUUAUAGCUGCAUAAAUCAAUGAAUACAUUAAAAUUUUGGUAUGAUAACAGAACUUGUUAUUAACUUCUAUUAAAAUUGUUAGUUUCUGUUUUUAGGAUAAAUUACUCCACAGCACUUGCUUAAACAGCUCCAUCUGAGUUUUUCUAAGGUUGUUGAAUUAAUUUGGUGCAAAAUAUGAGGCACAUGUUUGUAUAAUGCAAGUGCAAAGAGGAGAAUAGAAAAAAAAUGUUAUUUAAUUUCAGUCCCUUUGUUCAAGAGCAAAUAACUGCUUGAGUGGUGAUGCACAAAGAAGAGACAGGACAACUGAAUUUAUGAAGGAUUUAUGAAUCCAAGGGCCAAACUGACAAAUUCUAGUAACAUUACUCCAAUUGCAUUUCCAUCAGAAAUUGACUUGGGUGAUUUUUUACUUGUCUAUUGAUUUUGCUCUACUGACAUUUUGAAAGGGUCCCAGGAGGUGUAUUACAGCACAUUUGGUAUGGAAUAUCUUUCUCUUUCUGACUUCUGUAAACAGGGCUGCCAUCUCUGGAUGUCCAUGCUCCUCUUUACAUGGAUUGGUUGGCCUAUUCCUUUAAGUGCUGUCAGUAUCCUUAGGUCUGGAGUGGCUCCCAGCCAUGAUCAACCUUUUCAUCUUGCUGCUCAGCAGACCUAUGGCCUCUGCUACUACACUGGGAUUGUUUUGCCUUUCUUUACUUUCCACCAUGAAAGUAUCAGCUCUACAGAAUGAUACCACUCUGAAAUUAGACCAGACAUAGUUCCAAACCUACCCCUAAAUGCAACCAUGAAAAAAAAUGUUCCAGAAGAAUGUGUACUUUCAGCAUAUUGUGAUCAAAUUGAAACUUUUGGAUGGUACUUAGACUGCCUAAAAGUUUGAGAAAAGGAUCAUCCAUGCAUGAGAAGACAAUUGGUGGCACAGGCUGACUCACUGUGGUCUUUUGUGACCCUACGGCCCAGCAGAGGUAGAAAUGCAACUUAUUGCAGUGCAGGAUAAAAUUAAAGCCCUGAAUUGGACUUGGAAAACAGUUAAAUACAGCAGUGAGAAGUUAUCCAUUGCUAAGACAUUGUCCUCUGCUACUGGAAGGCUCUGAAUAGUGUUCUGUUGCAGGACAAGGGCAUCACCUCAUGCUCCAUGGAAGAGGACAUGGACGUCUCUCUCAUUCAAGGGCAGUUUGGGUCCUCAGAGGACAAAGAUAACAAUGAUUAGGCUGCCCUUGGCAAGGACGGCCUGAGAAAGUUCCCAUAAAUCCUAAGUGUCUCUUCUGAGAAGGUCUCUAGGAUCCAGGAGCUGAUGGCAUGAGUGCCUUUCACUUUCUGUUUGCAAUAGUGAAUGCUUUAUGGAUAUUUCUCUGCCAUAUACCCUGUUUGGAAAACAAGACCAUAGGCCUUUAUGACCCAGUGUGCUCAGAAGGGUGGGUUAGGAUUCCUGUGUCACAGAGAGGCAGAAAUCCCACCUGGUAUCUCAGGCUUCUCUUUUCUUGUUGCUUAUAUGCCACAUUUCUGCUUUGCUUUGCCACUUUGGAUGCCUUGUAAGAUCCUUGGCAAUUGCCCACAGCUGAGCUUUACAUUUCCAUCCCCUUCCAGCAGGUAAACUCUCACCCAGCAUCCUGUACACUCUUCUCAGAGAAGCAAAGAACCUCCUGGCCUUCCUCCCCUGCUUCUCAUAUUUAUACUUUGGAGAAUCCUGCCCCUCUGUCCCUGUUGGCUCCUGGCCCUCCUUCUCUAUUUGAUGUUUUAUUUUCUGACUUUUGGCCUCUUCUUUCACCUUCAAGUUGAACACACUCAGUUAUAUGUCAGAAAAUCCAAGGAGGGAAAUAAAGGCACAAACAUGAAGUCAGUACACUUUGUACAAAAGUCAUGUAAAAAUACAUGAGAGUAGUGGUUAGCCCCUUGUCUGCCUCCUUGUGUCCCAAAUUGUCUGCUGUUGGAGUUGGUGACACCUGUGAAUUACUGAAACUCUGGGAUGCCAGGUGGGAAGACAAAUUUGAAUGUUAACUAGAUGUAGGCAGAAAAAAAGCAUUUUUAUGGUUAGACUCAAUCCCUUGCUAAGGAAGCUUUUUUUUUUCUGUUUAUGACCUAAUGUGAUUACUACCAAUGCAUACUAAAAUCUUUCCUAUCUCAUUCACUAUUGGCUUUGUCUAUUAAUUUUUUUGCCUGACAAUAUUCCAUGUUCCACUUGCCCCACCUCUGCAGGUGUCCAAGGCCAGCUGGGAUGGGGCUUUAAGCAACCUGGUAUAUAUGGAGAUGUUCCCAGCAGGGAAAUUGAAAUGAGACGAUCUUUAAGAUCCACUUACAACACAACCAUUCUAUAAUUCCAUGAUUUUAUUUCCUGCUAUAAUUUAUAUUUGAGAUGCUUUCACACUCACACAGUUGUCUCCAUCAUCUGACUUCAAAUGCCUGGAUGGAAAGGCUUAGUUUCCAGACAUUGACUGGUUAUACGAUGGUUGAUCUUAAACAUCAAGGAUGAAAAAACAUGGAAGGAGGCUAAGAAAAUUAGGUUUAUAUAAUUUGGAAGCCUUAAAAGUGGUCAGCACUAUCUCCCAGGACGUGGUAUAACUGGUUUCAGAACCCUAUUUUGCAAAUCCUCAUUUAAAACAGUUAUGCUGACACAAGUCCUGGAGUGUAGCAGGUUUUAUUAACCUGAGAAAUUAGUUCUUACAUGGUUAUACUUACUAUAAGAUCUAAAGUGUGACUCAUUUUUGUAUUGUGCAUUGAUCUCAGGCAAAACUGUAUGUCUCAGCUGAAAACAUAUUGUUCUGCAUGAUGCUUCUAUUUAUAAUAGCUUAGAGGCACCCACAAACAAGCUUAGGAAAAGCAUUAUUUUUGAGCAUUAAAACCAUUAUUAAAAUAAGUUUUUGUUGUCAUAAAGAGUGACCAAAAAAAGACAGAAAGUUACUUGCUGUUCUGUUUGUAAGGGUAAUGCAUACAAUGAUCAUGACACUUUCUAGUUAAUUUUCCACACGUUUAACACUAACUUUAUUCCACAGGAUUUAAAAGAAAUGCUAUUAAAGAAAUUGAGAAGCAAUAAUAAUGAAAUAUUUGUGCUUCUUAUCUGAACUUCUUUCUUCAUGUUUUAGCAAAUAGUGAAUCUGCUACUCCAGAAUUCCCACUGGGAGGAGGUGUUGAGAGGAUGUAUUUACAGGCAGAUCUGUUUUUUUUUUUUUACAAGGUACUCUGUUAUGUAGUUCACCAGAAACUGGGAAAUCCCUGCAGCACAGGAUUGGUAUGAUGAGGAGAGAUGAUACAGUAGCUGGUUAAGGGAUGGAUAUAAUUAUCAAUGUCCUGAAACACUGCUGGGGAUGCUCAUUAGUCUGCCUUUAACAGACUGACAUGAAUCACCUUGUAGUAGGUGCCUCUGAACUUUCAAAACUAUUGUUUUCUUGUAUCUCCAGCAUGCUCACAUUUCAAUAAAUAUCUUGAACUACCGUCUUAAAGAACAGCAUCUGAAAUGUGUGUGAAAUCACUCCUGUGUCACUGUGAGGAUAAAGACAGACACGACACUUUCAAAGUCAAACAGCAAGAGCUGCACUUUAAUGUUCAUAGCCUAUUUUUACACAGUUUUCAAAAGCCUUGUGUUUAAUUGGUUAGUAACUUUCUUGCCAUUCAAUUCAUUGGUUCAUAGGUUCUUGUGUGUGUAUGUGCUAAGUCCCUCUUCUUCAACAGAUGUUCAUGUUUAUUCUUCACAGAUUCUCACAAGAUAUACUUCUUAUUUUCACAGGUGUCAGAUGGUUUUCAUGAGCAAUGGCUGAUGCGCUUGCAGGUUGCCAUGCGACAGGCUAGCUGUCAGCUAUACUUUGCUGAAGUAACAAGGCCUGAACCAUGGUUUUACAAGGCCUUUUUUUGUAAGGUUUUACCUAUGUGUGGCACUCCUGCUUUGAUAAUUGCACACUGUAUUGAAAUGGACAGUUCACUUCAAAUUAAUGGGUCAAAGCUUUGGAGGGAGUUAAACCCAAAGCUACCAUAUACCUCAUUAAGCCAGGAUUUUCUGCUUUGCUGUCAGAAUCACCUAUAACUUGCCUGUCCACUCUAACAGAUCGUUUGGUUUGUAUCAGUCUUUUCCAUAGGAAAUGACUCAUGCUCUGAAACAUAGAUUUCUUUUUCCCCAGCCUGUGUGAGAUUGUCUAAGGUGAGUUCCACUCCAGCCACAGAAACAAUGGGACAAGAGGGGCUCUGUCAAGAAAAACGCUCACUGCUGCUGCUACUGUUACUGUCACCCACCCAGACGGGCUGCAGAUUUAUCAGGAGUGAAGGCAGCUGCUAAAGGUCCACAAGGAAUGAAGUGUCCUUGGCCUUAAACUGUUAGGACAGCUUACUCUUUACAAGUGUACUUCCUGUUUAGUUUGCAUCGUGCUUAAUAUCCGAGGCUAGGUGAGGUAACCUGUUUGGAAAGAAAUACCAUUAGCAUAACCACUGUUUUAUUAAAGCAAUCCUGUGAAGGCAUGGUGUUGUCAUUUACAGACAAAUGAAAGAUGAGAUCUUUCUUGAGAUCUUUCUUACAUCAAAGAAAUCUACAUUUUCUUGUGUGUAGGUGCCACAACCCACACAGCUGUAAUAUUUUGAAGGACUAAAGUCUAAAUAACAUACUUUGUUCAGGGAGGAACUUGACAUGGGUUACAAGUACCCAGUAAUGAGGUUAAUACAUGGCAAUGCACCAACAUUCUGGCUUUCUCUAUAUGAUUCCUUCUCUAGUCCUCAUUGCUGUAGUGAGUUGAAGGGGGUGACUUACAGUUUAAAGGCUUUAUGGAAUAAAAUGUUAUAAGCAAGGUUUAAGGUGACACAGCUGCAUGAGACUGCAGAAGUACUCAGAAGGCACUAACUCAUCAAUGACUGGAUUUUCUAAAUAAGUGGGAAAUUACUGUAAGGCAUUUCUGCAUUCUUCCUCACAAGUUUAUGUGUUCAAUAACACGGUAGAGACAAACAUUCUGUUCAAAAACUAUUACUGUAAACUAAAAGGUAAAAUUUUUUCAGUAAUGCUGUUUUGUCUAGUUUUUUUUCAUUUCCAAAAUGCAUUUGAGGAAAAGACAAGAACUUCACUUUGCCAUUCUAAGUCUCACAACAGGAUUUAUUGGUGCCAUCUACUGGCUAUUUAGUAAUUUUAAAUUCCAACAAAUUAUGAAUAAUGUGUUUUAAAUGCAGAAUAAUAAGAACAUUAUGUGCCUUAUAACUGAAUCAGCCAACAUCAAGCCAUGUAAUUGGCAAAUCUGUAACAUUUAAAUUACAUUAGGUCAAACUUUGGUACAAUGUUCCUUCAGUGCAAUUCAAUUAUGAAGCUUUUAGAUGUGUCAAGAGGAGAAAGUUCAUGUACAAGUGCUCAUGUGCAGACUCCAAGCAUUACCACCACACACAUCCUCCUGGUGUGUGAGAGCAAGGAUUCUUCCUGACAACUGCCACCACUUGAGAUCCCUCCUCCCCAAAACAUGAGCACGUGGAGCACUAAGGUGUUCAUGCAGCAGGUAAAUAUGGUCCCCUUGCUGUCUGCCUUUGCUGGAGGGAUGUCACCACAAAAAAUGUGAAGGGAGAAAAUGGUGCUUUAGCUCAUAGCCCAGGCAAGUUGUGAAUGUUUCGGCUGAGGGGGGGUUUAAGCAAGCUGGAGGGAGCAUGGGCACAGAGGGGAUGGCACAAAGCCUGUUCCAAAACAACCACUGCAAAGAUGGUGGGAGCAAGCAGAGCUUGGAAGGGACCUGCUGUGCAUGACUGCUGAAUUCUCUUCUGCUAAAUUUGUUGAAAGAUAUCUGAAGAUGACCUAGGAUUUAAAUAAGGCUUUAAAUAACUUAUACUCUUUGCAGUAAAAAUUGCUAAACUAUAAUUAUUUGAGGCAUUGCCAGGAAGAUCAGCAAAUCUAUAUUAACUGGAAUGUUAACAAUAUCUCCAGUGCCAGGUAAGAAAAGUAUUUACACAUCUGAGUAGCUGCAUCCCUAAUCAGCAAUACAGCAGAGCACAUGCUUAAAAUACUUAAUCAUACUUAAAGGUGCUUUGCUAGAUACCAAAGAGAGUGCUCACAUUCCCCCCUCUGGUUAGUCAAGACCUUAAUAGAGCCAGAAACAAAUAUAUUUAGAUCACACUCUGAGAACCAACCUCUGGAAUAACUUGCUUAACAACUAGGUUCUGAGCAAAGAAAGUAUAUUAAUAGAGUGACUGAAGAAAGGGUUCAAGCUUCCUGUUCUCUGCCUUUUCCUGUCAUCUAACAAAAACAUGAGAGUCUUUAGGGAAGGAAGAGAAUGUUACUUAACCACAUCUGUUUUUCAGAGAUUUUUGUUAAAAAAUGCAUUCUGAUGGAACAAAAUAAGCCAUGACUUUUAUAUAAUGCCUUAGUCAAUGGAACUAGAAAGGAAAGAGAGUUCAUUAGAAAUCUGGUGGAGUGUGAAUCUGCACUGAACAUGCUUUUUCUCUGCAAGGUUUCAGUGUGUCUGAUGUUGUUCCCAGAGCUGAGAGCAACUCUGCAACUUCAGCAAGGGCUGAUCAAGAACUUCCCAAAAAGAACUUCUGCAGAAAUGGAGUGGGGAAACUGCCCCUUGCAUGCUCCUGGGGCUCUCACUUCCAGACCCCUAGAGUAUGUGGCCUCUCAGAGCUCAUGAAAAGAAAAAUGUAGCAUUUCUAGGAUAGGAAGAGCUACUGAGAGAGACUAGGACAGAAGACAGCUGGAAGAUGAGAAAUGGAGCAAUGACAAAGGAUAAUGUAGAUGGGGGUUAUCAUAUAGUAAAGUACAUUAACUUCCACAACCUGCAAAUAACAUUUACUUUAGCAUCAUUUGCUUGUUUAUACAGCAAAUUUAAUUCCAGCUACCAAGUUAUUUCAUGUGCUCAAGUGCCAGGACUAUGUGGAUAUGCAGCAGGUAGGUAUAAUCCUCCUCAUGACUCAUAGAGGUGCUAAAAUGGUUUGGUGUAAGGGAAUCUGGAGGGAUUUUAUGUUUCUUUAGGGUGACACAGGCAAUGACACAAAAAAAUAUCUGCAUGAAUAGAUGAAUAGAGAGCUUCUAGAGAGCUUCUAGCUUCUUGUACUUAUUGUCUUCUGAAUAACCACAUGCAAGUUUCAUGCUCUCCACACACAGUCCAUGGAGGGAUUCUCUGGAUGAAUGUGCCAGACUGCAAAGACUAUCUAGGGGCUCAUUAGAAGAGAGGCAGUGCUGCCUGAACAUCAUCAAACCAUUCCUAAAUCUGGUUUGCAUGUCUCGGCAUCUGGUGUUUCCUGUUCCAGUCCUGGAGCAUGGAGCAACUUGCAUGGCUGAACAACAGCCUGGUGAGACCUUGGAUGGCUCCAUGCUGAGAAAUUUGGUCACCUCUGCUUAGUAGCAUUCCGAAUUUCUAUAGUUAGGUCUCAUUAGCUCAGGCCUGUAUUUGUGAACACAGUUGAGCACUACUGGCCAGUUCUUGUCUGGUAUGUGUGGUCUCAGCCAGCAGGGAGCUGGGGGAGCAGUGGGAGGACAGUUCACACAUCCUCGAGCUGCAUUUCUAGAAAACAGCAGUAGUCUGAGCACCAAAGUCACCACAAUGCUCCUCCUUCACUUGAACACUCAUUUCCCUUUGUUCUCACCACAGAGUCCCUUUCCUCAGCAAAUAUUUCUGAUUAGUUCCCUUUCCCUCAUUAAAUUCAAUUGCUGAACAUCGACUUCUAAUAUCAAUCUCUUCCUCAGCUAUAGCCUCACCUCCUGAGGAUUCGGGCCUUUUGCAGGAUGGUGGCCGUUCGGGUGCCAGCAAAAGUGGCAGGGAAGGUUGCAACCAGGGUGGCAGCAAAGGUCGCAGCAGGGUGGGAGCGAGAGUGACAGUGAAGGUGGCAGCAAGGGUGUCAGCGAAGGUGGCAGUGAGGGUGGCAUUGAAGGUGUCCGUGAAGAUGACCUUGAAGGUGGCAGUGAAGGGGCAUUGAAGGUUACAGCGAAGGUGGCAGCGCGGGGCCGGCCGCGGAGCCCUCCCGCCUGGCAGAGGCCGAGGUGCGUUCGGAAACAAUCCUCGAGAUCGCUUCCAACGGCGGGACAGGUUCAUGGCCCGACACUCGAAUGUGUGUAAAUUGCCUUUAGAAUUUAUACAGUGCAUUACAGAGAUUUUUAGGAAAACCCCAGUGCCGAGUUAGUUUGAAGGGAUCUUCACGCUAUUUUCGUCUGUGCUGCAGUCCCAGAGCCCUUCUCAGCCGGGGCUCCCUGGCACGCGAGGCGCGCUGGGACAACACGGACAGUUUCGGGCCACUGCUCCUCACUGCUCCUCACUGCUCCUCACUGCUCCUCACUGCU